GCAGGGCUUGUUUACUAUGGCUGAUGAUCUGGAGCAGCAGUGAGUUAAUCCUGUCUCUCUCUCUUUCUCUUCCUCUCUCUGGGCCAUGCUCCUGGGACUGUCUGUGGCUGAGGAACAGUUUUUAGACACCUUCCCGCCUUUCCGUGCUCAGGCCUCAAGGCUGGCUGAGUAGCUGGCUACCCACUUGGCGCCCCACUUCCAUGUCUCAGCUGAAGAAUGUAGAAGCCAGGAUCCUCCAGUGUCUUCAGAACAAGUUCCUGGCCCGAUAUGUAUCCCUCCCAAACCAGAACAAGAUUUGGACGGUGACUGUCAGCCCAGAGCAAAAGGACCGCACCCCUCUGGUGAUGGUGCAUGGCUUUGGGGGCGGGGUGGGCCUCUGGAUCCUUAACAUGGAUUCACUGAGUGCCCGCCGCACGCUGCACACCUUCGACCUGCUUGGCUUUGGGCGAAGCUCACGGCCAACCUUCCCGAGGGACCCAGAGGGGGCUGAGGAGGAGUUUGUGACCUCGAUAGAGACGUGGAGGGAGGCCAUGGGCAUCCCCAGCAUGAUCCUCCUGGGGCACAGUCUGGGAGGAUUCCUGGCCACUUCCUACUCUAUCAAGUACCCUGAAAGGGUUAAACACCUUAUCCUGGUGGACCCAUGGGGCUUUCCCCUCCGACCAACUGAUCCUAGUGAGAUCCGUACACCUCCAGCCUGGGUCAAGGCUGUGGCAUCAGUUCUGGGGCGUUCCAAUCCCCUGGCUGUCCUUCGAGUUGCUGGGCCCUGGGGGCCCGGUCUGGUGCAGCGAUUCCGUCCAGACUUCAAGCGCAAGUUUGCAGACUUCUUUGAAGAUGAUACCAUAUCAGAGUAUAUCUACCACUGCAAUGCACAGAAUCCCAGUGGUGAAACGGCAUUUAAAGCCAUGAUGGAGUCCUUCGGCUGGGCCCGGCGCCCCAUGUUGGAGCGAAUUCACUUAAUUCGAAAAGAUGUCCCCAUUACCAUGAUCUAUGGGGCCAAUACCUGGAUAGAUACCAGCACGGGGAAAAAAGUGAAGAUGCAGCGUCCAGAUUCCUAUGUCCGAGACAUGGAGAUUGAGGGCGCGUCACACCAUGUCUAUGCCGACCAACCACACAUCUUCAAUGCUGUGGUAGAAGAGAUCUGUGACUCGGUCGAUUGAGCUGCUCUCACUAGAGGAAGAGGAGAAAGCCAGAGAGUUGCUCUCAUCUCCCUGUCUGCUUAGUCACCCCCUCUGUCCUUUCUUUACCAACUAACAUGUGCCAGCCAGGCAGAGUCUUGGGCUGUCCCCAAGAUAGGACCACAGUGAAAAAGAGCACUUCUGAUCCUGUGCCGAGGGCCGGAGGCAGAAGCCACAAGAGGCCUUGAGCUCCCCACCCUGGGGAAGAACAUGAGGAUUGCCCAGUGCCACCCCAUUCUCUCCUGCCAAUUGUUACCCGAGUGGUGGUUAUGAAGAGAUUGCGCCAAGCCACAUUGUCUCCCUGUGUGGCCUUUCUUUCCUCUGAGCAGAGGAGGGCUCUCAGCAGCCCUUCUUAGCUCUGAAAUGUUUUGGGGGGCAGAUUCCAUGGAAAAACAUCUUCCUUCUCCAUCACUUCCUCACCUCCAUUCAGGCUGUGAUUGGGAUCAGUUUCCACUUACCUACCAAGAGAAGGUUCUGGGCCUCCAUUUCUCUUCAGAGUUCCCUUCCGUGACCUAAGAGGUCAUAUCCAAAACCCUCAAUAGCAGACAAGGAAGCAGGGCAGGGCAAGACAUGGUGACAUAGCUCUGUGUGAUAUGCGUUCCAGAAGACCUAAGGCUAGAACCCAGGUCUGCUGACACCCAGUGCAUGGUGCAGACUUGAUCUGCUAAGGUUUGAGGCAAGCACCAUUGCCAUGGGUCUUGUCCUGGUCAGUGUCUGAAUUUAUGCUAAUCCUUGCUCCAUAUUCUAGUUUGAUAUGUAGGUCUGCCUAUGUCUCAGUUCUGGCUGCCUAAGCUGGAGGACACUCAAGUACUCCUUCCUUACCCUGUCUUCCUUCCAGUGGAGGCCUCUGAGCCUCCCUCUGUGCCUUGGGCCCUGACGCCUCACGGGUAGUAUAGAGCAAAGAUGGCUCCUGGUGAAUAGAGGGGGGAAAGGCCCUUCAUUCCCAGGACCACGUUUGGAUUCUGGAUUUGCCAUGCCCAGUAGUAGUCACAGUAUUUUUCUACCUGUCCCCAGAGCUAAAGCCCACUGAGCACCCUUGCCCAUGGUGUAGCAGGAGAUCUCAAGCCAGGAGUUCCCUGUCCUCACCAGUCACAGAAUGGUUCUCACAGCCUGACCCUCUGUCCUUGCCAUCUGUCCCCAUGGUCUCUAGCACAUCUUUCCCCUGAACUACCUGUCAGCCCUCUCCCAGGAGCUCAUUCCAGGUGCUGCUCUGAGGUUCUGGGUAGUAGGCUGGGCCUGGCCCCAGAAGCAGGGCAGCUCCUCCCUGCUCCUUCACUUUUGUAAAGCCAACCCUUUCACCAGAAUAGUAUUAACUCCUGGUGCUUUGUACUACUGGUCCAGCUGCCUUGAGCUCCUUUUCUAUAUUAAUAAAGAAAUGAGUAAAAACUGCUGGUGGUGAUGGUAUUUAGCAUUACUCCAACAGUGUUGGUACUGACUUCAUAACAGUCCAUGUGCUACCUGGGUAAGAAAAGGGAGCCCAGAGAGGUACCUGCUUCCAUGCUACCCCCUGUCCCAUUUAUGCCAUGUUUACCUCCAGAGUGCAGGCCAGCGCAGACCAUCUCAGCCAACCCAUUCACAGUGGAAGAGGCAUUAACCCAGAGUAUGGUGGACCAAGCCCCAAUUCACAGGAGGAGAAUUAGGCAGAACCAUGUGCUCCCCUUUGCCCACUCAACAGUCUACCUCAGUUCAGUGGCCCUUCAGAUGCCCUGCUCCCUACAGCCUGCUGGUGUAGUAGGUUCAUUUCCUACUCCUACUCAUCCUGUGGGUCUCAGCUCAGAUAUUCCUUAUGCAGGGAAGCCUUCCUCUGACCUCCCCACCCCCCAGACUAUGUCCUCUUCUAUGUCCCAUGGCGUACUCAACUUCCCCUUUUGUGAACAUGUAAACUUUAAUGUCCAUCUUUCCUCCCUAGACAUAGCUAUCUAAGGACAAGGGGCACAUUUUGCACAUAGCUCAUGAAUGUUUAAGUCAAGAGAAAUGAGAUAUAGCCUAGUGUUCAAAAAAGUGUUCAAAUCAUUACCAACAGUGCCUACUCUGUGCUGUCUAACUCCAAGUAGGCCCAGGAUUCCAUCUCUGAACAGAAGAGAGUACUCUAUAUUCAUGAUGAUCAAACAGGCAAAGAAAUUGACAAACAGAUGCCUCCUGGGAUAAUUGCAAAGCUCUGAUCCACUCCAGCACCCUGUUCUUCUCUGAUGAUUGCUGCAUGGAGGAGAGGGCAGAGCUUAUUACAUAAAGGGCCACAAUAAUGAAGGACAUGGUCCCUGCCUCCUUGAGGAGACAGCUUAAUCAAUUAAGAACACCAAUGAAGACAGGUAACUGGAAGGUGCUGCCUGUGAGUUGGGGAUAAUCUGCAGAAGUGAUGGCAGCUGAGGCUGAAUGAUGGGGGGGAAGGCCCAUUGGGGUGACUCUGAGGUGAAUCUGGGGAGGUCAGUAGGGACCUGCUCACACAGACCUCUGACCAUGUGUUCAUUCUAAAGCAUAGGAAGGAACUGAACUUGGGUGAGGGUGGGGAAGCAAAUAUGACAGAAUCAGUGACAGAUUGACUUAGCCACUCCGGCUGCUCCAUUACACAGCCAACAGAGAGACAAAAUCCUCCCUGCAAAAGUUUGAGGCUGCUGCAGUGGUCCAGGCCAGAGAUACUGAUAGUUUGGGACUGGUUAGUGGCUAGUGGGCACUGAGAGGAGAAAGAUGCAAAGUACUUAAUGUGUACAUCAAAUUAUACCACCACCGUCCUGAAGUAUGGGCCCAAAGAGGCAGUACAGUAGUUAGUAAAGCUGUUCACUUAACAAAACACUGGGGGUAUUUUUUUCAAAUACAGAUUCCUGCUGUAUUCCUCUGUCUCAGUUAGUAAAUCUGAAUGGAGCCUGGCCAUGAAAUCUGAUUUAAACACAUCAUCUAGGAGAUGCCCCAGGUCUGUAGGCACCACUCUAAGGAACUCCGUGUCUCUGACCCUUGACCCAGAAAGCCUCGUUGUAAAGGGCCUGUGCCUCCAAAAGUUCAUCGUGCCUGCUCCAGCAUCACUUCUGUUUGGAAGACUAACAAUAUGUGGAUCCAACUUUUCCAAAACUCUCAGAAUACACACUCCUCAGGAGCAGAGGAGCCUGAAGAAGGGCACUCAGGUUGCCCUGUUGUCACUACUGUACCCAUGUGCACACAACACACACACACACACACACACACACACACAUACACGCCAUCUGAAGGGCAUGCCUAUUAUUCCCAGGGCUAGGACUAGGAACUCACUAUGAACACACCACAUAAUUAACACCAUUCCAGGUAGCCUCUAAAAACUUAUGGUUAUAAUUCAAACCAUAAACUUGGGCUCUCCAAAAGUCUAGCAAUUUAAAAGGAGAUUCCAGAUAGACCUGGGAGAUGCUGCACUGUUCAGUGACUACUAGAAAAUGUGAUAAAGUCAACUUCUUCCUCAGAAUAGACAUGAAGUAUGUAUGCUAAAAAUACAAUCUGGUUCCAUCACCAAAAAUGAGGGGAAAUCCUGAUGAAUACCUCUCUCCAUUCUCACACAUCAGCUUAUAAGACCACAGCUGUUUUUCAUAGCCUAAGUUCAGCAUUAUUAUGCUAGAAAAGUCUUUGUCAACAUCCCCUAAAUCUCUCUUUACUACGGUUGAGGAGGAAAGACAGAGCCAGCCUGAUCCUUUGGUGAGAAUAAUUCCUUCCUGGACAGAACACUAAGGAAGAUGCGUUGAUGCCCACAGGUGCACAGAGUCCUUUCUCCCUGCCCCACUCCUGACCUAGGAAGACUUCAUCCCUUGGUUGGUGACUUUGCUGGAUGUUUGGAGAUCUGCAGACCUUGCUUUGCUAAUAAUUGGCUCCUUCUCCCUGGAGGAUGUCCUUGGUGUAGAGUUUGUUACAAUUCAGCAACCCCCCAUUUUAGUUGGGACAUGUGAGCAAAUGACUAGGCAGAAGAAACCUGGGACACGCCAGUAGCUGAAGAGAACUCUGAAGAACAUAGGGCUGAAGAGUCUGAAUUUGGAAAAGAGAAGAGGAUGCAGCAGCUGAUAGCAUAUGCAGUGUGGAAGUGUCCAGGAACAGGAACAGGAACAGGAUUUUUUUUUUUUUUUUGAAGACAGGGUGUCACUGUGAUUCCCAGACUAGUCUUGAGCUCCUGGAGUCAAGUAAGCCUGCCAAGUAGCUGGACCUACAGUUGUAUGCCACUGUGCCCAACUCAUGAGCAGGGAUUUUUGAGAGAGAGCUCAUGACUCCUGAUCCAAUAUUU